CUUUGCCUUUCUAUGUACUACGAAACUGAUCUGUGAGCAGAGAGAGAUUAUCUGCUUCAGUGAUUUUUGACUUUGAGUCAACUUCCUUGAAUAGUCAAAUCACAGUCUUGGGAACCUAUACAGGUUGGUUGCUAGACCGAAAUACAUUGACAGUUACACUGUUCUUCAACAAAGGGGGAAGUGCCAUCGCGUUCUAAGCUCUUGAGUCUGUUGACAUGGCGGGCCAAGCUGUGAUUUUGACGCAGCCACAGAUGCAGCAGGUUGUGGUUGUCCAGCCACAGCGAGCCCACUGGCAGACAGGGCUAUGCGACUGCUGCACUGACUGUGGAGUGUGCUGCUGUGGAUUCUUUUGCACCCCUUGUCUGGGAUGCCAGGUUGCUUCUGACAUGAAUGAAUGCUGCUGCUGUGGCCCAACCGUGGCAAUGAGGGCUGUCUACAGGACCAAAUAUCAGAUCCCCGGAUCCAUCUGUGAUGAUUUCUGCACCAUCCUGUGUUGUCCUGUUUUAUCCCUUUGCCAGAUAAAGAGGGAUAUCAACAGGAGGCGAGAAUUAGGAAUCUUCUAGGCAGAUUUGCGUUUGUUCCCAUUUCUGAAUGCUGCCACCUGGUGAUGCUGUUUGAGCAUUCUGUAUCUCACUUUACAUCUGGCUAAUGUGCGGUCUGAGCCACAAGACCUUCAAGUGGAAUAGAUUUAAAGUACCACUGGACUCCUAUUUCAUUUUGCUGUUACGGACUCAAACGGCGAACCAUCUGGAAUGAUUGUGUUUCUAGCUAGUAAACCUGAAACUUUAUUAUUAUAAAAUGUCUGUUUUCAAUGUAGUAUUGCUUUUCAAUUUUACUGGACUUAAAGAUCUCCCAUUGUUUCCCUGUCUCUUAGGAGUUUCUGAUAGCAUCUAACUGAUCCAGUGUGUUUGUAUUUUUUUUUUUGCUCUAAAUUAGCCAUUUCUUUUAUUAGAUCUUGCUUUUGGAGUUUCUUUCUUUUUUAACAUACAAAGCUAGAAUAAUUUAGACAGCCUCGCAGAACUGAUUUGAAGGCAUCCCACCAAGAGAUUGCUGGCAUGUUUUCUUUAAAAUAGCUUUCAUAAAUUUCCUCAUUAUUCAGGAACAAGCCAUUUAAUCUCCAUGGAUGUGCUUGCUUAUGCGUCUUAUGCAACAUGAAAGUGCACGUAAGACCAUACGCUCAAACCAACAUACGCUGCACGUAUGCUUCAAAUGUGGUGUAAUUUCAAGUCUAUUCCAGAGCAAGCCUAGUGCACAUUUAAAUAAAAGGCAUCAUCUUUAGGAUAUGGACUCUUCCAAACCUCUACUAAUUCCAGUUCAGGUGUCAGCCUAGGACCCGGGAGACCCAAAUUCAAACACAUACUCUGCUAUGGAAGCUUACGGAGUAACCUUGGGUUAGUCACUCACUGUCAUCUUAACCUACCUCACAGGGUUGUUGUGAGGAUAACACAGAGGAGAAAAGAACUGGGUAUACUGAACUGAGCUCCUUGGAGGAAG